AUGACCACCACCACUGCUGCCACCUCCUCCCCACUCCAGCGAGACCACAAGACCGGAGACCACGAGCGUGCGUGUGAGUCCCUCACCUCUGCGGGACCCCCACACCGCUACUGCUCCCGCCAUGUUUCUUCACUACACAAUACUCUGAAAUGUCACAAGAGAAUCUUGUGUAAAUUUGGCAGUGGCUUCACUAAAAGACCUUUUGAAUGGAAAUCAUUUGCGACCAAGGAAACCGGACAUGAGGAGAUAUGCCAGGAGACAGUCCUGAAAGUAGACGUAGGUGAAAAAUCUCUCCUAGUGAGGAGCAAAGGCUCAGGCAUUCAUGUAGAUAAGGAUACCCACGAUUUCACUAUGUGUGGUGAUGAGUUUCCUGAUGCAGGACAUGUCCAGGUUUAUGCCAAUAGACCUGGAAUCUUGGCUGCCAUGUAUAUCAAAUGCUGUGAAAGUGAUCUGCACAAUAGUGCUGCCAUCAGCCAAGUCCUACUUGACUACAUCAAUAUUUCAGCCUCCUAUCAGUCAAAAAACAUCAGGUGUCCUGUCUGCUUGCACUAUCAGGGCUCCUGCCACAAAAACUUUGUCUUCUGUCCAAAGGACACUGGUUGUUAUGACGGCGACAUUGCCAUUGAAGGAGGUGGAGUUAAUGCCAAUUUUAGCAUUAAAGGAUGUCUGGACGUGACUGCUGGAGACAUAUUUAAGAAAGACGAAACACUUGGGAUCUUCAGCGUGUUGGAAAACAUGAACUCAAUGACUAAACUCAUUCACACAUGUGCUGCUUUCCUGCCUGAGGAGCUUUUUCCAACCAAUCCAGGCUCCCAAUCCAGGCAGCUCAGCUGGCCUUGA